AUGGCUGAGCAACUUUUGACUGGUGAAGAUAUUGCGGUCGUAGUGGUUUACUUCUUAGCUGUCAUAGCCGUUGGCCUUUGGGCCAUGUGUCGAUCCAAUCGUGGAACAGUGAGUGGUUACUUCCUUGCAGGGCGAGCCAUGCCAUUCUAUAUGGUUGGAGCGUCCUUGUUUGUGAGUAAUAUCGGUAGUGAACAUUUCAUUGGAUUGGCUGGGUCAGGCGCUGCGGGUGGUAUCGGUGUUGGCGCGUGGGAAUUCAACGCUAUACUGUUACUACAGCUGUUAGGUUGGGUAUUCCUUCCUGUAUACAUUGCAUGUGGCAUUUUUACUAUGCCACAGUACUUAUCAAAACGCUUUGGUGGAUCCAGAUUACGAGUUUAUUUUGCGGUAUUGUCAUUGGUUCUAUAUGUGUUCACAAAGUUGUCUGUUGACCUUUAUACAGGGGCAUUGUUUAUCCAACAAUCCUUGGGUUGGGAUCUGUAUCUUUCUAUAAUUGUACUGAUUCUUAUCACCGCUGUUUUGACGAUCACAGGUGGACUUGCUGCCGUUAUCUACACUGAUACAUUACAAGCUGCGCUGAUGGUAUCGGGAGCUAUUGCACUUAUGAUUAUUGGUUUUGUUGAAAUUGGUGGUUAUGAUGGUUUAGUAAGGAAGUAUCCGGGAGCUGAAACAAAUCUCACUGUGCCGAACACCACUUGCCAUGAGACUUCACCGAAUGCAUUUGUUAUGCUGAGGGACCCUACAGAUGAAGAAAUGCCGUGGCCAGGAUUCCUAUUUGGCCAGACUCCGGGAUCUAUUUGGUAUUGGUGUGCUGACCAGGUGAUAGUCCAGCGUGCAUUAGCUGCCAAGAGUCUGUCACAUGCACAGGGUGCUACUCUUAUGGCUGGGUUUAUUAAAAUACUACCCCUUUUUAUUAUGGUAAUGCCGGGAAUGAUCAGUCGAAUCCUGUAUACAGACCAAGUUGCAUGUGUUGAUCCUGACGUUUGUUAUGAAGUCUGUCAAGCCUAUGCCGGAUGUACUAAUAUUGCGUAUCCCAAGUUGGUGUUAGGUCUCAUGCCAAAUGCUGCGCGUGGUUUGAUGAUGGCGGUCAUGAUUGCAGCUUUGAUGAGUGACUUGGAUUCCAUCUUUAAUAGCGCUAGUACGUUGUUUACUAUUGACGUCUAUAAGAGGAUCCGUAAACGAGCCACAGUACGAGAACUCAUGGUAGUUGGCCGACUUUUUGUUGCUGUAAUGGUGGUUGUGGGUAUCUGUUGGGUGCCCGUUGUCAAGGAAACACAAGGUGGUCAAGUCUUCAUCUAUAUCCAGGAGAUAACUGAUUACUUAGCACCACCCAUCGCUGCCGUCUUUCUGCUGGCUGUUCUAUGGAAGCGAUGUAAUGAGAAGGGGGCUUUCUGGGGAUUAAUGGUGGCCCUUGUUGCUGGACUUACACGAUUAAUUUUGACAUUUAUUUACCGUGCACCAGGCCAAUGCGGAGAAGAAGAUACUCGACCAUCCAUUUUAGCUGAUGUCCAGUAUAUGUAUUUUGCCAUUUUAUUGUUCUGGCUGACAACUAUAGUAGCUAUUGUCGUCUCCUUGGCAACACCUCCUCUUAAACCAGAUAAGCUUCACAGAACCACAUUCUGGACUCGUCAUGAUAAGAAUAUGUGUAACAUUCCAAUGCUAGAAGAGUUUGGCAGGAAAAUUGUUACAAGUGAUUUGCAACUUGAUGUGGAAGGUGGCAAGAAGGAUGCUAACAUUCAAGCUGAUAUUUCAGAUGAGCAAACAGAUGGCGAUGUGGAAUUCCAAGCAGAGAGUAAAGAGAAAACUCUCACAUCUAAGGAGCAAAAAUAUGCUGUUGAAAAUAAAGAAGCGCCAGCUGUGG